CCUUUUGCUCCUUUCCCCAAGCAACUAAUCAAAUCUACAAGAGAUGUCUACUGAAACAAAGGUCGUGUCAACCAACUGGAGAUUGGUCCAAGUCGGUAGAGUUGUUUUGGUCCAAAACAAGUUAGCCGCAGUCGUUGAAAUCAUUGAUCAAAAGAGAGUUUUAAUCGAUGGUCCAUCCGUCCAAAGACAAUCUAUCAGUUUAGGUAAGGUUGUUUUGACUCCACUUGUCUUAGACACCCUUCCAAGAGGUGCCAAGACCGGUAUUGUCACCAAGAAGUGGGCUGCUUCUGAAAUCGACGCCAAGUGGGCUAAGACCAGCUGGGCCAAGAAGAUUGCACAAAGAGAAACCAGAUCUCAAUUGUCUGAUUUCGAAAGAUUCCAAGUUUUGGUUUUAAAGAAACAAAGAAACUUUGCUGUCAAGAAAGCUUUGGCUAAGGCUUAAAUCAAUCAUAUUAGUAGAUAAAUUCAAAUACAGU